AUGCCCCCCAAGGGCGCCCGUGCCCCCGAUGCCUCCCUCCACGCCGACGCCCAGACGGCCCAAUCCGUCCUUGACCCAAACUACUGGCGCCGCGUCUGCCCGAGCCUGCACGUCGAUGAUGCCGCCCUGCAGGCCUCCGCCGCGCCCCUCCCCGCCGAUCCGAUCGGCUGCGCCAAUCUGCGCCAACGGAUCAACUUGGACGGCUACGCGCAGAUCUCCGCGGCCGAUCUGCCCUGGUCGUCGGGCGUGGGCCCGAUGGCCGACGGCGUGGCCCAGCUGCAGGCCCAGGGCUGGCCGCCGUCCUUCGUGGCCAUCUUCGACGAGGCGUGGCUCAUGGCAUCGGAGAUCUCCGCCAUAAUUGAGGCCGCCACGGGUAACAAGAUCAACAUGGAUGUGUUGGGUUGGAGCGUGCUCCCGCCGCAGUGCGGUUUUUCCCCGCAUCGGGAUCGGCAGCCCGAGCGCCCGGCGGAGAGCUUCAGGGAGGACGGCACGCCGAUGUACUCGACGUGCUGGGUGGCGCUUACAGAUGCGUGCCCAGACAACAGUUGCCUGUACAUUAUCCCCAGGGGGGCGGAUCCGGGGUACUUGGAGGGGGAUGACCCGGACGGGGACCCGCUGGCGGCCUGCUUGCCCACCAAGGAAGCAUAUCAGGACAUCAGAGCGCUGCCCGCUGAGGCCGGAUCCGCGAUCUUGUUCACACACAGGGCCAUACACUGGGGCUCAAGGGGCAGAGCAGGCUACACAAAGCCUCGGGUGUCUCUAUCCUUUGGCUGUUCAGAUGAUUCAUUUGAGGCUGCCUACUUCUCAAGAGACGAUCUGCCCUUCCCCAACCUGAAAUUACGUGCAGCAUUGAUGUGUGGCCAGAUGAUCGCCUACCAUGAACGAUUCCCAUGCUCGCCUGCACGGCUGAUGUUGUACAUGAAGGUUUUUGAGCAAGAGCAGAGCUCCUUCACGGGCUCCUACUGCCAACAGAUCAGGAGAGAGUUUGUUGCUGCCACGAAAGAGGUGCAGGGCAUCCCAAAGGGCCACCCGACAGGCCUGGGCGAUGCCUUGGAGGACGAUGUGCUGGACAAGGCGUUGGAUGUGAUGCUGGAUGGUGCGCUGGAUGGGGGUGAUGACUUUGAUGACGAUUUUGACGACUUUUGCGAGGCUGCGGACGUUGGGGACGAUGCAGGUCCUUCGCGGCCUUGUGUCACUGAUGAGGGCGAUGAGGAGGAGGAAGAAGACGCCGAAGGGCAGUGGGCGCUUGAAACCGCUGAGGUUGCGGUCCAUCCUGUUCCUGUGGUCGAACAUCG